AGUGAGAAGAAGUCAGUGAAGAAACAGAGAUCCACACUUCUGAAGCUCAGUUUUUCUGUUCUGUUCUGUUCUGUUUCGACCUGGUAUUCGAGAUUUUUUUGUAAUCUCUGAUUGAGAUGAAUUGCCUGCAAAAUCUGCCAAGAUCCUCUGCUCUGCCUUCACAUGGCCUUAAAAGCCAUACAAGAAAGCUUUCGAGACCGAGCUUUGUUUGUCUAAUGGACAAGCUGAAUACUAGUAAUCUUCGCCAGAGCUCCUCCUUAAAUGUAACUUCUGGACCCUCCUCCAGCACCGAGAUGAGCGGCUCUGGAGUAGAAGAAAUCAAGUCUGAGAUAUAUAGUAAUAAUAUGACCCAAGCGAUGGGUGCUGUGUUGACCUAUAGGCAUGAACUAGGAAUGAACUACAACUUCAUCCGCCCAGACUUAAUUGUGGGGUCCUGCCUGCAGUCUCCUGAAGAUGUUGACAAGCUUCGCAAAAUUGGGGUUAAAACCAUAUUUUGCUUACAACAAGAUUCCGACCUUGAAUAUUUUGGUGUUGAUAUCAUUGGCAUCCAACAAUAUGCAGGACAGUUUGAUGAUAUUCAGCACUUGCGUGCUAGAAUACGGGAUUUUGAUUCAUUUGAUUUGCGACUGAGGCUUCCAGCUGUGGUGAGCAAAUUGUACAAAGCCAUAAAUCGCAAUGGAGAGGUGACAUAUAUACACUGCACCGCUGGGCUUGGAAGGGCUCCUGCUGUAGCGUUGGCGUACAUGUUCUGGGUUCAAGGAUAUAAACUUAGUGAAGCACACAGUUUGCUACUGAGUAAACGCCCAUGCUUCCCAAAGCUUGAUGCCAUAAAGAGUGCAACCGCUGAUAUUCUUACAGGCCUCGCCAAGAAGCAUGUCACCUUGAUGUGGGAAGGCAACAAUUGCUCCUCAGUGGAAAUCUCUGGACUUGAUAUUGGCUGGGGCCAGCGAAUCCCAUUGAAUUUCAAUGAGAAAGGACAGUGGAUUCUUGAGAGGGAAUUGCCAGAAGGACACUACGAAUACAAGUACAUAAUUGAUGGUGAAUGGACGUGCAAUAACUAUGAGCUUGUAACUCUUCCCAACAAAGAUGGGCAUGUCAACAAUUAUAUCAAUGUUACCAACAAUGAUCCUAACAGUACUAGUGCAGAACUGCGGAAGCGGUUGAGUGGUGAUGAUGUUUAUCUCACACAAGAGGAAAAGCUCAGCAUCAGACAGUUUUUGGAAGCAUAUGCAGAGGAUGAAGAGCUCUAAUCAAAGAUCAAAGUAAACACGGCACGUAAAAUUGUAAAGGGAUGAAUCUCUACAGCUAUUUGCAUCUUUCCCUCAAAUAAUAUGAUAUAUAAGUCAGGACCUUGCCUACAGAAGAUUUUACGUCUAGAUGCGACUUUUGAGCCAUCUUUUAAGCUGCCUGAAGUAGAUAGAUCUUUGAAGAUGAUCGACUGUGGGACAGCACAGCAGAAAACAGGAGCUAAGUUUCAAGAAUAUCUCUUGCCUCACAUGUGGAUCUCAAGCAUUCAACAUGACAAAUGUGCUAGUGCUACAUGAGUUUAUUAUAUUUCAAGUAUUUAAGCUGGGUUCAUGUUUCCAA